GACCUACGUGAAUAAUGAGCUCUAUUCUGUAGGGUAAAGGGAGUAGGCCAAGAGUCAGGGAGCAUCAUGCAUCCUCUCACUCAAAAUAUAUCUUUGUAUCCUUGGGAAGGAAGAGUGCCUAAAAGGGGGAGAGGAGCUGCCUUUAACAUAACCUUAAACAUUCUGAUUUGAAAAGGUCAUCUUGGCCCUUGUCUUUAUGAAUUUCCAUUUCUAUUUAAAAUUCCUUACACAUUGAACAGUGUUUCACACUUUACAAAGUGUUCUCACGUACAGUAUAUCAUUCAAUGCUCUAAGUGACCUUCCUCAGAUAGGCAAGGAGGUCUUAAGUUACAAAGGAGGAAACAGAAAUUCAGGAAGGAGGUGGAUUUAAAGUCAUUAAGAGAACACGAAAACGGCCAGCGCGGUGGCUCAUGCCUGUAAUCCCAGCACUUUGGGGGGCUGAGGUGGGUGAAUUGCUUGAGCCCAGGAGUUGGAGACAAGCCUCGACAACAUGGUGAAACCCCGUAUCUACAAAAAAUAGAAAAAUUAGCCAGGUGUGAUAGCCUGCACCUGUAGUCCCAGCUACCUAGGAGGCUGAGGUGGCAGGAUCACUUGAGCCUAGGAGGUUGAGGCUGCAGUGAGCUGUGAUCAUGUAUGUUACUGCACUCCAGCCUGGGUUGACAGAGUGAGGCCCUGCCUCAAAAAAAAAAAAAAAAAAAAGCAUGAAGACUAGUAGGUAAGGUGGUUAUUUUAUUAACAACGAUAGAUAGUAAAGCAACACCAUUGUGAUUUUUUUCCUGCCUUGUGGCCUCACCUGUUUAUAAGGACUGGACUUUUAUUUAUUAAGUUGUGUUGUUUUAUUGACAAUACAUGCAUCAUAUCUUUUGACUUUGAAGGAUAUCUCAUGUCAAAGGAAUCAAGUUAUGAUUUAUAGAGGAUUCAACUGGAAUACCUUGUGGGUGCUGGCUGAGGGUGGCAAAACGCCUACCGAGACAUGAAGGUUUUAGCCACUAGUUUUGUCCUUGGGAGCCUGGGGUUGGCCUUCUACCUGCCUUUGGUGGUGACUACACCUAAAACACUGGCCAUCCCUGAGAAGCUGCAAGAAGCUGUGGGGAAAGUUAUCAUCAGUGCCACAACCUGUACUGUCACCUGUGGCCUUGGCUAUAAGGAGGAGACCGUCUGUGAGGUGGGCCCUGAUGGAGUGAGAAGGAAAUGUCAGACUCAGCGCUUAGAAUGUCUGACCAACUGGAUCUGUGGGAUGCUCCAUUUCACCAUUCUCAUUGGCAAGGAAUUUGAGCUUAGCUGUCUGAGUUCAGACAUCUUGGAGUUUGGACAGGAAGCUUUCCGGUUCACCUGGAGACUUGCUCGAGGUGUCAUCUCCACUGACGAUGAGGUCUUCAAACCCUUCCAAGCCAACUCCCACUUCGUGAAGUUUAAAUAUGCUCAGGAGUAUGACUCUGGGACAUACCGCUGUGAUGUGCAGCUGGUAAAAAACUUGAGACUUGUCAAGAGGCUCUAUUUUGGGUUGAGGGUCCUUCCUCCUAACUUGGUGAAUCUGAAUUUCCAUCAGUCACUUACUGAGGAUCAGAAGUUAAUAGAUGAGGGAUUGGAAGUUAAUCUGGACAGCUACUCCAAGCCUCACCACCCAAAGUGGAAAAAGAAGGUGGCGUCAGCCUUGGGAAUAGGAAUUGCCAUUGGAGUGGUUGGUGGCGUGUUGGUGAGGAUUGUCCUCUGUGCGCUGAGGGGGGGCCUGCAGCGGUGACAGCUUCAAGAACUUAACAGCCUUGCUCCUGAAGAACUGGCUGCCCAGGAAGCCAAGCUAGCUUUUUAGGGGAGUGUUCCAGCUGCGGGUAGUGGAUCAGCUUAGAGGGAACACUCCCACAGCCAAAAGAAUGAGUGGGAGAAAUGGAGGGGACAAUCUCCUGGGAGCUAUGCGCAGUAAUCUCACUUCCUUAUGUCCCAUGGAUCUCUUCCUGAUCUUCCCUGCCCAUUGGGUACCCAGGAAACUGCAAGCAUUGCCUGUGUUCCUGGGAAGAGUUCCAAGAAGCUUGCAUAAAUUUUCUACCCUUUAUGACUUGGAUGCCUCCCCACCUCCAUUUCCCCUCUUCUGAGCUGUGUAUUCAUGUAGAGGGAUGUAUUCAGCCUUUUUAGUGAACAUUUUUUUUCAAUAAAAGUAAUUCACAGUA